AUGGCCUCAUACUUUAACCUAUUCUUUGCUAUUGUCAUUUCCCUUGCCAUUCUUUUUCCGAUCACUAUCAUCGGAACUGACUUCGUCGUCGGAGAUUCUAGUGGAUGGACAGUAAACUACAACUAUACAGCUUGGGCUCAAGGCAAAAAGUUCUAUGUUGGAGACAAACUAGUGUUCAACUAUCCGAAGGGGAGCCACAAUGUUUUCAAGGUAAAUGGAACGGCUUUCGCUAACUGCACAAAGCCAUCACUAGAUCUAGCGAUGACCUCGGGAAAUGAUGUUAUAACCCUAGCUGCCGAGGGAAAGAAGUGGUAUAUUUGUGGUGUGGCCAACCACUGCAGCGAACUCAAUCAAAAGCUUGUCAUCGAUGUCUCUAGUGCGAGUCGAUUCUCCUCCAUGUCUGGCCUCCACUUGGCUGUACUUGCAAUGACCGCGAUACUGGCUGUGGUCCUAGCCUAG